GCGGCGGCCGCGGUCCUCACCGCACCACCCGCCCGGCUCGCCCGGGGCUCUGCGCCCCGAGGCCGCUACCCAGGACCUACGGAGGAACACCUCUUUGAUCUUACCUUACAAUGGAAUUUAAAAAGUCACCUGAUGGUGGAUGGGGCUGGGUGAUUGUACUUGUCUCCUUUUUCACUCAGUUUUUGUGUUACGGAUCUCCGUUGGCUGUUGGAGUCUUGUACAUAGAAUGGCUGGACUCCUUUGGUGAAGGGAAAGGAAGAACAGCCUGGGUCGGAUCCCUUGCAAGUGGAGUUGGCUUGCUUGCAAGUCCUGUCUGCAGCCUCUGUGUCUCCUCUUUUGGAGCAAGACCUGUGACAAUCUUCAGUGGCUUCAUGGUAGCUGGAGGCCUGAUGUUGAGCAGUUUUGCCCCCAAUAUCUACUUUCUGUUUUUUUCCUAUGGCAUUGUUGUAGGACUCGGAUGUGGUUUAUUAUACACGGCAACAGUGACCAUUACGUGCCAGUAUUUUGACAGCCACCGAGGCCUUGCCCUUGGCCUGAUUUCAACAGGUUCAAGUGUUGGACUUUUUAUAUAUGCUGCUUUGCAGAGGUUGCUGAUUGAGUUCUAUGGGCUGGAUGGAUGCCUGCUGAUUGUGGGUGCCUUAGCUUUAAAUAUAUUAGCCUGUGGCAGCCUGAUGAGACCCCUCGAGUCUUCUGAUUGCCCUUUGCCUGAAAAAACAGCUCUGGAAAGUGGACCAGCUCGAUACUCCAUUUACAGUGAGAAAGAAAAGGACCUGGAAGAGAACACAAACAUUCUUGGAAAGAGCUAUGGUGCUGAGGAAACAUGCAAGAGCACCUUGGCCAGUGGUGGCCACAAACAGGAGAGUCUACUUCAUAAAAACCCAGCAACAGUGGCGCAUGCAAAAGAGGCUGAAACGUACAAAAAGAAAGUUGCAGAACAGACAUAUUUUUGCAAACAGCUUGCCAAGAGGAAGUGGCAAUUAUAUAAAGACUACUGUGGAGAAACUGUGGCUCUUUUUAAAAACAAAGUAUUCUCAGCCCUCUUCAUUGCUAUCUUCCUGUUUGACAUCGGGGGAUUUCCGCCUUCUUUACUUAUGGAAGAUGUGGCAAGAAGUUCAAAUGUGAAAGAAGAAGAGCUUAUUAUGCCUCUCAUUUCCAUUAUUGGUAUUAUGACAGCAGUGGGUAAACUCCUUUUAGGGAUACUGGCUGACUUCAAGUGGAUUAAUACCUUAUAUCUUUACGUAGCUACCUUAGUAAUCAUGGGCCUGGCCUUGUGUGCAAUUCCAUUUGCCAAAAGUUAUGUCACAUUGGCAAUACUUUCUGGGAUUCUAGGGUUUCUGACUGGUAAUUGGUCCAUCUUCCCAUAUGUGACCACAAAGACUGUGGGAAUUGAAAAAUUAGCCCAUGCCUAUGGGAUAUUAAUGUUCUUUGCUGGACUUGGAAAUAGCCUUGGACCACCAAUUGUUGGUUGGUUUUAUGACUGGACCCAGACCUAUGACACUGCGUUUUAUUUCAGUGGCUUCUGUGUCCUGCUGGGAGGCUUCAUCCUGCUGCUGACCGCCUUGCCCUCCUGCAACACAUGCAACAAGCUGCUGCCCAAGCCGGCUCCAUCAACCUUUCUGUACAAAGUUACCUCUAAUGUUUAGAGGAAUAUUGGAAGGCACUACAGACUUUUCUCAUAGCAAAAUUUCACUGUGGCUGACUCUGAAUGAAAAUUUUUUUUUUUAACAAAUCCUAUUCUCUAUGUACUGUAUAUGUAGCUUCUAUCUCCUGUAUAUAUUUUUUCCCCUUUUUUUCUUUUUCCAAGAAGUGGGACUCAUUACUCAUGAGUUCUUGAUGAUGUAAAAAUUUUGGCCUACCUCGGAAGGCUUUCUCUGUGUAAAGAAAUAUAAUUUCUCUGUAGGCUCCAUUAGUUCCACUGCAAGGCACCUAGAGGGGGCUCUUUUAUUUUAAACCCGAUGCAGGCAGCAUGAUGAGCUAUAUGUGAAGGCCACUAGGGACUAAAUCACUCUCUUCUCUAUGUUAGACUGGCUGGUACAUGAAAACAGUUACUAAAAUGGCAUUAAGAAUUGCAGUGGAGCAAGCCGAUCUUUUUUUUUUCAAAGAUCUUUUGAAUUACAGUCACUAGUUUUCACUAUUUGAUUUUAUUUCCCUUGAGGCAGCACCCUAUGUUCAGACCCACUGUGCUUAAAUCGUUUCAUUUCCUAAGGUGUUUGCUGAGAGGAAGGCAGUCUCCAAACAGGGGCAUUCAUCACAGCCUUGCUCAUGGUCGGCUGCAUAACCCCACUCACUCUUCUCUGUCAGCAUCCAGUCAACUGAUGUUUCCCAGGAAGUGCUGAUUUCCAGGAAGUGCUGAUUUUACCUGUUUCCAAAUUGGAAAUGUGUAAACCAUUCCGUUCUGGCAAAUGGGCAACGUCCCUUUGCUUCGGCCACAGUGGGAAUGAAUUGCAAAUCCUUGCAUAACUUCUCAAUGAACCGUUUAUUUGGUACUAUCAGAUUUUACCUGUAUCAAAUUUUAAUUCAAGGGCAGAACUAAAACGUGUGUAUGUGUGUGCGCGUGUGUGCACGUGUGUGCGUGCGUGUAUGUGUGCGUGCAUGUGUGUGUGCAUGCAUGUGUGUGUAUGUGUGUGUAUGUACUCCAAGUCUGUGUGGGACAUGGAAAGAGAAAAAGGCAAUAAGACAUUCAUACCCUGAUCCAAGUUUAUUCAAUCAUAUAAAAAUUUUUGGAAGAAAAUCAAUGUUUAAUAAAUGGACAUUUUCCUAAAGAAAUAUUUUUUAACUUUGCUAUAUGAUAGAAUCUGCUAGAUCUUUUAAAAAAUAUAGUUGCCUGAGUGCUACUCUUAGAGAUUUUAAUUCUGUAGGUGUAGGCUGUAGGCCAAGCAUCAACAUUUUUAGGGAACUCUUCAAGGAAUUCUGACAAUAGAGCCGUCGAGAAUGGCUGUUAUAAGACUGGCAAUAGAGAAAGAGUCAUUCUCUUAAAUAAAAAACAAAAAAGCAAUAAACCAUUGAGGUGAGGUGUUUUUAGAAAUAGCCAACUGUGGUUCUUUAAAUAGGACGCACUCUUCUUAUUGUGCCAAAAUUUUCUUUUCAUUUCUUUUGAAAUAUGUAAGAUUUUAUACUUCUAUGUUGCCUUUCUUGGAAGGCGCCUAAAGCACUUUAUAAGCAUGAAGCCCCACCACACCUCAGUGAAGUAGGUAAGUACUACUUUUCUAUGGAGUAAACCUGGAGUGUGGGGGAAUUUCAUAACUGAGUUAAUCCUACUCAAUAAUGCAAUAAUGGGGCUCCAAAGUGCCUUGGACUUCUACUCCAUACUCAGACUUCUGGAAAGUUUUCUGUACCUCAUUCUUUAGUUACUGUCAAGGUUAGUAAAUAAAAGAAGUGACAUUUUAAAAAUUUAAACUAAAUGUUUUUGUAUUGAAAGUUCCUUUUUGCCAAUAUUAUAUUCAGGAAAUCCUAUAACCUGAAAAAUUUAACUUUCACAACAUCCCCACAUUCAUCAAUGUUGAUAAUUGUCCAAAUGCAUCUUCACUCUGUCUACUAAUGUCAACCAGUGUGUGCAUUUUCCAUUGUCUAGGGAAUGAAUUUUAUGUUACAAUAAAAUAUUUUUUUGGUUUGU